AUGCCUCCCAAACGGAACGCUUCACGUAAGGUGGGAGCCAAGAAGAACAGACGCAAGAAGAAUCGCCCCGGUCGCGGUGGUCCGCUUCACUCGUUACUCGGAGAGGCCGAUCGGAUGCCGCACUCGGACUUGAGUCGCCCGCUCCCACAAAAGCAAAAGCUGACACCGAAGACACGGGGCAAGCAAGUCUUCAUUUUGGAAUCAGAUGAUCCUCUUGAAAAGAAUGUCAUGCAGAACUCGAAAAUGCCCGAUGGCUAUGCUUUUGCCCCCAAAGGCAAUGUCUACAUCACGCGAAAUUGUCGCACCAAGACCAAGGAGUCUGGCAAAAUGGUCUACACGGUUUGGGACAAAGCGGGCAGACGCAAUUUUGGCAUCCGGGUCCCCGAUCCAAUUCACAAAGAGGUCUUGCAAAUGGCUGAUGCCACCGCAGAAUCUCGUGCCAAAGCUGUUGAAUCUCGCGACACCAAAACCAUGUCCCGAGCAAGAGCACUUUUGUGUCAAGAGUUCCCUUCGAUGCCAGAUGAUGACCUUGAGAGCGUUUUGAAUCACGCUUUUCUCAAAGGCUCACGACGCGUGGGCCGCACAGAAAUGGUCACCGACAAAACCAAGGCCUCCCUGGCCGUAGAGGCCCAUAUCAGACAUGUUCACACCAGUUACGACGCCAUUCUGCAAAACGGAACUAAUCGAGUGAAUGCUCGCAAGCAAGUAUUGCCAAGAGUCCAAGCUAUUAAAGAGGCCUGGGAGACCAGAAGCAACAAAUUGCUGGAACAAAGUCUGCCUGUUCGUCCGGCUCCGAAGGAGCGAUCAAAGUCACCCCCAAUUUCUGUGAGAUCGUCAAGAUCUCCAUCCCUAGAGUCCCUGGCGUCGCUGGAGUCCCUAGUCUCUCUAGAAUCUUCGGAAUCUCUCGUGGAGCUUUAG